GCGUCUGCGAGCGUCGCUGAACCCUGGCUCGUCUUUAGCCGCGGCGGCUAACAAGCAGUAGCCACGAAAAUAUGCACUCGGUCCGCGGAAACUAUGGUUUUAACUGUGUUACCCUGCUUUUAUCAACGGAAACAUGACAGCCGGAUUAACUGAAGUCCGCGGCUUGGAGGAUAUUCGCUGUGAGAGUUUGGAGCGGGGAGGCAGGAGCCGGAGAGCCGGCGGAGCUGGAGCCGGUGGAGCCGGGGAGCUGCAGCCCAGAGCCGGGCACCAGAGCCGGAGACCUGCCGGGGGGAGGACGCUGCUGGAAACACAGAAAUACACCCUCUGAUGGGCUCAUGCACUCUUUAACCUUAGCUUUUAUUACCUUUUCUUAACGCUACACCAAAUUGAAAAUAAGCUUCUUACUUGCUAAGCUUGGAUUUAUCAGGAGGACCUGGAAGAACCAGUAUUCAUGAGCAGGAGUCAGGACUCUUUGGACUGGUGUUUUUAAGGGUGUGAGAGGGGUUUGGACCCCCUGAAGGAGUAUUGGUCGUUGGGUAAAGGUGUGGACCCCCUGCUGACUUUAUUACCUGGUUAAAACUUAACUGAAUGUGCCCUGAUUGCUUGAUUAUUGUGGUCCAGAUGGGAACCAGCAACCUCCUCACCCUGCUGGGCAGAGAGGGAGCUCCGGGCUGAUCUACCCUCACACCAGGAAGAGAGAGGGUUUCUCAUCCUCAACUACUAACUAAGUUAUCGUUUUUUUUUUAACUCUUUUUAUUGGCUUUUUCUUUUAAACAUAAACAGACAUUCAGCAAUUUACAAGACACUUCAAUUCAAAAGAAAGAAAGAAAAACAUCUAUAGGCCUACAGACUCAGACAGUUCAGGGCUUUUCUCACCUUGAUGGGCUAAAAGAGUUUAACUAGAUAUUGCAGGCCUGAUCUGGAGAUGUAUACCGGAAAGUGGGAGAGUUAAACCUAAACCAUACAUGGUUUGCAGGUACUCUCAAAGUUAUCUGGGGAGCCUCGCAACACAAAUCUCAAGGUGCUGCCUCACACCUCUCAGCCUCUGAGGUGACACAUUUGGUUAUUUUGAGUUUAUUUCCAGAGAUAUUCUCGUUCUCCUCUCCCGCUAUAUCCAAAGAUAGCUAUCAGAGGACCCGGCUGAAUCACUAAGUUAUCGUUUUUAUUACUAUUUGAGUCGUCUGGAGGGAAGGAUGGAGUCGGGGGCCAGGACCAGCCCGGGGGAGCCGCUGCUCCACCCGCUGUCCCACCCCGCGGCCCCGGGCAUCUGCCCCGACAUGCUGGGGGUGGCGGAGGAGGCCAACCGGGCCGGGGACUUCAGCCUGGCCGUGGAGAUCUACAGCUGCCAGCUGGCCGGCCUGCAGCAGCCGGACCGGGGCCUGUGCCUGCGCAGGGCCGACUCCCUGGCCCGGGCAGGCCGGAUCUCCGAGGCCCUGGACUCGUACUGCCUGGCGGCCGGGCUGGGCUCGCUGCGGCCCGGGGAGCUGCCCGCCCUGGUGGACGGCAUCGCCCGGACCCUGAGGGACAAGGAGCUGGGCAUCCCCGCCGGGGGGGUGCCCCCAGGGGCAGGCGAGGAGGAAGAGGACGGGGGCAGCCUGGACCUGUUCUCCUGCCACCUGUGCAGGGCUCUGCUCCACGAACCCACCACCGUGGACUGCGGACACACUUUCUGCAGGCGCUGCCUGGAGGACGAGCCCGGGAAAGACUGUGCUCAAUGUAGACAGAAGCUGGCCACUAAAGACAGACUGCUGCUGAACGGCCGCAGGGUCAACGUGGUGCUCAGCGGCCUGCUGGAUAAACUGUUUGCCACUGAGAGUAAAGCCAGGAAAUGUUGGGUCGAAGGGGAAAGUUUAUGGAAGAAGCAGAACCUCUUGGAUGCCUUGGAAAAAUACAACGCAGCUGUGGAUCUAGCGCCCUCUGCUGUCAAGCUGCUGUGCCAGCGAGCUGAGCUGCAAACGGAGAUGGGCAACUUUAGUCAAGCGGUGCAGGAUGCCAACAACAUCUGUAGAUUAAAACCUCUGUGGACAAAGGCUCACCAUGUGAGAGCCACGGCGCUGAGUAAAGCCGGCCGGAACGACGAGGCCUUGCAGGAAUACCUCCUGUGUGCGGCGCUGAAACCCGAGUGGACCAAAGUGAAACUAGAGGCUCAGAAGGUCCUCAGCGAGCUGUUCUCGUCCGUGUUUGAGAACGAGGACAUGCCUACGCCGCUGCAUCCUCUGCAGGGCGGGCUGGCGACGCGGCUCAUCAAACCCCCGGCGCUGCUCAUGUCCCUGCGGCCGCUGACGCAGAAACCCGGCUGCUCCCUGCAGGACUCGGAGUUCAGUGUGUGUAAAAGUGCUCCAGCGGAUGACUCCUCUUCCAGACUCUGUCCUCCGUCUCCUGGUAAAGCGGACUCCUCUGCAGGAGAAGGCAGCUCCAAGAGUCUUGCUGAUGUGCUGGCUGCGCUGCCAGCGCCCCCCGGUGGCCUUAAGAGGAAACACAGCAGUGAGGAUCCUUCAGCAGCCUUCACCUCUCCCUCUAAACUCCUCAGACCUGAUGAGGCGAAUACUAUUCAGACACUUGCAGUGUGUGGAGGGAGGACGGUUCCUGCUGAACUGCUGGACAGUGGAGACAUGGAGUGCUCACUCUGCAUGAGGUUGUUCUACGAGCCCGUGACAACUCCCUGUGGACACACCUUCUGCCUCAAAUGUCUGGAGCGCUGCCUGGACCACAAUCCCAACUGCCCUCUGUGCAAGGAGAAUCUGGCUGAGUAUCUCGCUACGAGGGGUUACAAUAAGACCCUUCUCAUGGAGGAAGUCCUGCAGCGUUACCUUGGAGACGAGUUGGCAGAACGGAAGAAAAUCCACGAAGAAGAGAUGAAAGAACUGUCCAACUUGAACCAGGAAGUGCCCAUCUUCGUGUGCACCAUGGCCUUCCCCACCAUCCCCUGCCCGCUGCACGUCUUUGAGCCGCGCUACCGCCUCAUGAUCCGCCGCUCCAUGGAGACGGGGACUAAGCAGUUUGGAAUGUGCAUCGCCGACGACCUCAAAGGCUUUGCCGACUAUGGCUGCAUGCUGCAGGUGCGGGAUGUGAAGUUCUUUCCUGACGGCCGCUCGGUGGUCGACACCAUCGGCGUGUCCCGCUUCAAGGUGGUCAGCCACGGCCAGAGAGACGGCUACAACACCGCCAAGAUCGAGUACCUGGAGGACAAGAAGGCCUUCGGGGAGGAGCUGACGGAUCUCCUGAAGCUGCACGACUCGGUGUACGAGCAGGCCAGCAGCUGGUUCACCUCACUCAAGGACAACAUGAAGAGUCAGAUACUCAGCCACUUCGGACAUCUUCCCAGCAAAGACCCAGACCCACAGGCCAGUCCGAGCGGGCCCCCCUGGUGCUGGUGGCUGCUGGCCGUCCUGCCGCUGGAGAACCGAGCCCAGCUCACCAUCCUAGCCAUGACCUCCCUCAAGGACCGCCUCAUCGCCAUCCGACGGGUCCUCAUCUUCGUCACGCGCAAGAGGCCCCGGUGAUGGUCCGGCUGCUCCUCACAGCUGCUGAGGCAUCUAUGCAGUUCAGAAACAUGUGGCUUCACUCUGUCACUCAGCUUAUUUAUACCUGACGUUUACUCAUCCUUUCACUCCACCACUCCUCGGGGAGCCCGCUCUCAGACGUGAAGGGUUUUUCUUCCCCGUGACACGUAGCCGUCUCAAGCACAUCUCCCUCGUGAAAGCACCGGGCGGUCGGAGUGCUGGCGUGAAAGCAUUCCUGUGGCUGAGAGGGAUCUCAGCUUUCCUUUUCAGUUGAUCUUUAGGUGAAAAACAGUCACUUUAAGGAGGAUUGUGGGACUUUUAUCAUGAAGGAGCAAACGCCUGUCGCCACAAACGCGUUGUGAGCGGAGCUACAUGAAGUACAACCCUCGGCAGUAUUGGACAGACGACCUGCCUCCGAGCUGUUUCACGGACACACAAACCAACCCGCAGAAAUGGGAAGCCAACGUAAAACACUUAGAUCACACAACCGAAUGUACCGGUCUGGUUGUAUGUGGAUGUUCUUUUCUUUUUUUCUUUUUCCUCUCUCUUUUUCUGUUUCCUCACCCAGCCUUACUCUCUGUGCAAAAGCAGCCUGUGAGGUCCACGCGAGCCCCGUCUCCUGCACCAGCAGCUGCCGCCUGUCUUUAUAUCUUCCUAACUGAGCCAAACGUCGCCCAGCAGUUGGCUUAUACCUCAGAUUGUCUGAAAGAACGUAGCCGGUGUCAGGAUUUAGACUAUGCCCCGUGCUAACGCUACAAACCACAGCCCGCACUGUGUGAGAACAAAUGCAAACUCCACAGCAAGCUGCUCCACUUGUUUAAAAGAAAAAAAAACAGAUUUCAAAUAGAAAGUACGACUCGGCAGAAGCUGGGUCAUCACACAAAUUCUUAUCGCUUUAAUUCAGUCAGAAAAGCUUCUUCCCAGGUAUCGCUGAUGUGGAACUUUUAUGUCCUCCGGUAGCAUAUCUCUGGGAUUUAAAUACAGAUGUACUUUUAGACAUUUAUAGAGUAUUUUUCUUCUUAUCAUCUAUGACUGUAUGUGUAUGGUGAAAUGUUAAAUUGAGCGAUGUCUGUGUAUAUCAAUGUAACUCUGAGGCCUUUUUUUAAUUUAAGGAACAUUUCAAAUGGGUUUCCUCUCUUUUUCUCUUCCUUCUUCCUUUUCACUGUCAGUACAUUAAAAUGCACACUUUAAUGCAAUUAAUGUGCAGUUUUUUUUAAGCCCUGUUUCCUUAUUAUUAUUAUUUUAAUUGAUUAAAGAUGCUGAAGAACACGUCAUGUUCUUUUCAUUCUUUGACUAAAUUAAAACUUGAGUAGAAAUUAAAAUUGGGUAGUAACAUUUAAUGCUAUUCAAAAGUAUUGACCAUUUAUCUUCGCACCUUUUGUCCUAAUUUAUCUGUCAAAUUUGCUGCAAAGCUGCAGUGAUUGGUUGAAUUUGCACACAUGCAAAAUACCGAUUGACUGCAUUUGCAUAAAUGGUGGCUGCCUUGAGGGCCUUGUCAUGGUAGCAACAUCCUAAAAUAGACCCCGGUGUACGAGGCACGACGCCUGCACAAGCAGCCGCUCCAGGCUGAUUCUCAUUGUCAAACAGGUCAGCUAAGGGUGUAACUGCAUCAUUAGUGUUCAUAGGAUUACAUAGUUUCACAGUAUAAUUCUGUCCUUUUGAAUAUUUUUGAGACUCAGCAGCAGUGUUCUCUGUAUAGGAGUGGUGUUCAUAAUGUGCUGCAUUCCCUGGCAUAUUUGUAAAGGGAGCUCUUGUACAGAAUUUUUUUUUAAAUUGCAAAAUAAAGAAAGAUGCAUUCGUUCCAGUC